AUGCAGCGCAAUGGUGGUUCUGGAGGGUUUGCUAGCCUUCGGACAUGUGUCCUGGGUAUGGGGCGCGUGUUGGGUGUAGGCCUUUCCUCUGUCGCGGCGGCACCUGUACUCCAGACCAAGCCUCAUCACGACGACGACGACUUCGAGGCCACUCCGGUAUGGGUGCUGUAUGUGGCUUCAAUGGCCCUCGUUCUACUCGGCGGUGCAUUUGCCGGUUUGACGAUCGCUUUGAUGGGCCAGGAUAGCAUUUAUCUACAAGUCGUAUCCGGUGAUCCUGCGGAGCCGCAAUACAAGAAUGCGAAAAGGGUGUUGGACUUGUUGAACAAGGGCAAGCAUUGGGUUCUUGUUACGCUGCUGCUCGCCAACGUUAUUGUGAACGAGUCUUUGCCUGUUGUUCUUGAUAGGACUUUAGGUGGCGGUGUUGCUGCUGUAGUUGGCAGUACCGUUCUUAUUGUCAUUUUUGGAGAAAUUGUUCCCCAGUCCAUCUGCGUCCGCUACGGUCUACCGAUUGGAGGAUAUAUGUCGAAACCGGUUCUUAUCCUGAUGUAUCUCAUGAGCCCCGUGGCUUGGCCAACUGCGAAGCUUCUCGACUGGAUCCUGGGCGAAGAUCACGGAACGGUAUACAAAAAGAGCGGCUUGAAGACCCUUGUUACGCUUCAUAAAUCCCUCGGAGAGCUUUCGGAGCGGUUGAAUCAAGACGAAGUUACUAUCAUCACAGCUGUUUUGGAUCUGAAGGACAAGCCCGUGUCUGAGGUCAUGACUCCCAUGACUGACGUAUACACUCUGGCAGAAGAUCAUAUUUUGGAUGAGAAAACCAUGGAUAAUAUUCUUUCGUCGGGUUACUCCCGCAUCCCGAUCUAUCGCUCUGGCAACAAUACAGACUUUGUUGGCAUGCUCCUUGUCAAAACUCUCAUCACGUACGAUCCAGAAGACAGAAUACCAGUUCGAGAAAUUCCUCUUGGAGCUAUUGUUGAGACGAGGCCGGAGACUAGCUGCCUAGACAUCAUCAAUUUCUUUCAAGAGGGCAAAUCGCACAUGGUCUUGGUAUCAGAUCAUCCCGGAUCCGACCACGGUGCGCUGGGUGUCGUUACACUGGAGGAUGUGAUCGAGGAACUUAUUGGAGAGGAAAUUGUGGACGAGUCGGACGUCUAUGUUGAUGUGCACAAAGCCAUUAGACGUCUUACGCCGGCUCCUCGAGCUCGACGCAUCCAUGCCGAGGCUGGUGCCGCCGCCGUGGGUAGGAAGCCAGGUGACGGUGCAGCUCUGGUUGAUAUUGCAGAGCACUUGGAAGCAUCCGACCCCGUUGUUGGCUCCCUUGGGGCGAUGAGCGAUGGGGCUCCAGAGAGGAUUCCCAAAAUGGCCACUUUCAUGAGGCGUCGCGGUUCUGCCGGACCAGACGGCAAACCUGAUGACAGGCCUGUGCCUUUUAAGGCGUCAUUAGACGAGAUGAAACAGCAACUUCGACACUUGGCUCCUUCAAAUCGUGCAGCCAACCCACGAAACACUCGAACCAAUGUGUUCAAAAUAAAACAGGGUCUCAGUGUGACCACAUUUGUAGCUGGCGACGGCAACAGCAAGCCUCUUGACGAACCAGCGCAUAAACCAGACGAUGCGGCCGACGGUGACGAGUCAACUCCUCUAUUGAACUCCACCGGUGUGAAUGGCGGCCAAUCUGAGAAUGGAUACGGUUCUGGCAAGUCAAAAUCGGACAAGGCUAAAUCCAAGUCUCCUGAGCGUCAAUAA